UACUUUGAUGUCGGGGGUCCUGGGGUGGCCAUAGAGUCAGUGAAGCUGGCACCCUUUCCUUCCUUCUUGGGCGACCGGGAAGGGAGAAGGACGGCUCUGGAGGGAGCGACUGCGGAGAGAAGUUGGGAGGAGGAGGGAGCGCAAAGCGGGCGGCUUUCGUGUCCAAGUCGAGAGGGAGCGGGAAGAAGGAAAGGAGGCGGAGAGGCAGCGAGUGAAGAAGGGGACAGGGUGGGCGCCAGGAACAUGGAUGAGCCACGCACUCCGAAGUCGGCCCAGACAGCUGGCGGCUAUAAACGCUGAGCAGCGUUGCUGAGGGCGAAGAACCUGGCUCCUUGGGGAAAAGGACGCAAGAGGAAGGCACAGGAGCCAUGCGAGUUCCCGACUGGCUAGCGUGGCUGCUGUACCCUCUCUCCGUUCUCCUUGCGAGGACGUGGGAAGUCCGCCUGCACCCCAAGCAAGAGAAUUUGGUGAAGCAUCUGUCAUCAUAUGAAAUAGUGACACCUACAAGAGUGAAUGAAUUUGGAGAAGCUUUCCCUCUCACUCACCAUUUCAAAAGGAGGAAACGGAGUAUGGAGAUGGAGCCCAUUCCUUUCAGGACGCAUUACCGUCUCAGUGCCUAUGGGCAGGUUUUCCAGUUUAAUUUGAGUGCUGACACUAGCUUCAUUGCUCCACAUUACACUGAGGUGCACAUGGGAAGCGUAAAGAGGCAUCUCCCCUCAGAUUUGCGUCACUGCUUCUACCGGGGGCACGUCAAUGCGCAGGAAAUGCACACAGCAGUCUUCAGUCUUUGUGGUGGCCUGAUGGGCACAUUUAGAUUCCAUGAUGGUGAAUAUUUUUUAGAGCCUUUGAUGACAACAGAUGAACAUGAAGAUGACCAUAACAAACCACAUCUUAUAUAUAGAUAUGAAGAAUUUAAGAAAGAUUCUUAUAAUUCCUUUAAAUCUGGUGAAAUUUCAGAAGAGCCAAAGAAAAGCACUUUACUAUAUCCAUAUGAGAGCAGCUUAAUUAAAGAUAUAAAUGUUCUGCAAGAGAACACAGUUUUAGAGUAUGCAUCUAAAAACCUGUCUGUAGAGAAUGAUAGAAGCAAUCCACAUUCCCGGAAAAAACGUUUUCUUUCCUAUCCAAGAUAUGUAGAGGUAAUGAUUACAGCUGAUGCUAGAAUGGUUCAGCACCACGGAUGGAAUUUGCAGCACUAUGUAUUAACACUUAUGUCAAUAGUUGCAACAAUCUACAAAGACUCAAGUAUAGGAAAUCAGAUAAAUAUAAUGAUUGUAAAAUUAAUUGUAGUUCACAGUGAACAGGAAGGACCAGCUAUCAGUUUUAAUGCAGCUACUACUCUUCGCAAUUUCUGUUUAUGGCAACAAACGCAAAACAUUCUGGAUGAUGCUCAUCCUUCUCAUCAUGAUACUGCAAUUCUUAUUACUAGGGAAGAUAUCUGCAGAGCUAGAGAAAAAUGUGAUACGUUAGGUUUAGCUGAAUUGGGUACAAUGUGUGACCCACUGCGCAGCUGUUCUAUCAGUGAGGAAAAUGGAUUAAGUGCUGCAUUUACAAUAGCACAUGAACUUGGACAUGUUUUUAAUGUACCCCAUGACGACAGUUUUAAAUGUAAAGAAGUUGGAAUUAAACACCAGUAUCAUGUUAUGGCCCCGACUUUAAACUACCAUUCAAGCCCAUGGACCUGGUCAAAAUGUAGUCAGAAAUAUAUUACUGAAUUUCUUGAUACUGGUUAUGGAGAAUGCCUUCUAGACAAACCAACAGGAAGAAUCUAUGACCUUCAGUUACAGUUGCCUGGUUCCCUGUAUGAUGUCAACAAGCAAUGUGAACUUAUGUUUGGUCCUGGGUCACAAGUAUGUCCUUACAUGAAACAAUGCAAACGUUUAUGGUGUACAAGUGCAGAAGGUAUUCAUAAGGGUUGCCGUACACAGCACAUGCCACUGGCUGAUGGAACAGAAUGUGGUCAUGGAAUGCAUUGUCGGCAUGGAAUUUGUGUAAGCAAAGAAAUGGAAAGGCUUCCUGUAGAUGGACAAUGGGGAUCCUGGGGACCUUAUAGUUCUUGUACCAGAACGUGUGGAGGCGGCAUCAAAAGCACAACCAGAUUGUGUAAUCGGCCUGAGCCAAAACAUGGAGGAAAAUACUGUGUGGGUCGCAGAAUGAAAUUUCGAUCGUGCAAUACUGAUUCAUGUCCAAAAGGCAAAAAAGAUUUCCGAGAGCAUCAGUGCUCUGAAUUUGAUGGUAAACAUUUCAACAUAAAUGGACUAACAUCUGCUGUACGCUGGCUUCCAAAAUACAUUGGCAUUUCUAUGAAGGAUCGCUGUAAACUCUUUUGCCGUGUUUCAGGCACAACAUCCUACUAUCAGCUAAAAGACAGAGUUAUUGAUGGUACUCAGUGUGGACCGGACACCCAUGAUAUAUGUGUUCAAGGCUUAUGCAGGCAAGCUGGCUGUGAUCGUGUCUUAAACUCCAAGGCAAGAAGAGAUAAAUGUGGUAUCUGUGGUGGUGACAAUUCCUCAUGUAGGACUCUUGUGGGUACUUUCAACAGUGCUCAUUAUGGUUAUAACAUUGUAGUAAAAAUUCCUGUAGGAGCAACAAACCUUGACAUACGUCAGCAUAGUUAUUCAGGGAAACCAGAAGAUGACAGUUACCUUGCGCUAUCCAAUACUGAUGGAAAGUUUUUUUUGAAUGGAAAUUUUGUGGUAAGCAUGUCAAAAAAGGAAAUCAGUAUGUAUGGAGCAAAUUUUGAGUACAGCGGUUCAAACAGCACUGUGGAGCGAAUCAACAGUACUGGUCGACUAGAAGUGGAGAUUCUUUUGCAGGUCUUGUGCGUGGGGAAUUUGUACAACCCUGAUGUGCAUUAUUCAUUUACUAUUCCUGUAGAAGAGAGAAAUGAUCUGUUUGCAUGGGAUCCUUAUGGGGUUUGGCAAGACUGCAACAAAAUGUGUCAAGGUCUUCGCCGAAGAAAAGUUACAUGCAUUCGGAGGAGUGAUCGCUUGGUUGUGUCUGACCAAAGAUGUGAACAUAUAACAGCUCCCACAUUUGUAACAGAACAGUGUAAUACAGAAUGUGAAUUAAGGUGGCAUAACACUGGCAAAAGUGAGUGCUCAGCUCGGUGCGGCCCAGGGUUUCGAUCUUUAGACAUCCACUGUAUGAAGUACUCUGUUUCAAAGGGACUGAGUGUUCUAGUGGAUGAUAAAUACUGUGCUGAUCAGCAGAAACCACCAAUGCGAGAACCAUGUCAUGGAGAUUGUCUUCUAACAAGCUGGCAUUACGCAGGAUGGUCAGAGUGUUCCAGGAGUUGUGGGCGAGGUGAAAAAACCAGAGAAGCUUUUUGUAUGAACAACUUUGGCCAUCAGCUUGCAGACAGAGAAUGCCACGAACUUCCAAAGACUGUUGCUCAGAGCUGCAAUGAGUUCUUGUGCCCCAGCUGGAUUGUUAGUGACUGGAGUGAGUGUCCUGUGACUUGUGGGAAGGGAAUGAGGCGUCGUCAAGUAUGGUGUCAACUGAACGAUAACCAACUGGAAAAUGCUUUCUGCAAUCCAAACUCUGUACCAGAAUCAGUGAGAGCAUGUGAAAUGAAUGAAUGCGCAGCUUGGCAAGUGGGACCCUGGGGAGCAUGCUCAGUGACAUGUGGGCAUGGAUACCAGGUGCGUGCAGUCAAAUGUGUUGGUGUUUAUGGAGCUAUUUUGGAUGAUGAAAGAGAGUGCAGUGCUGCUACCCAUCCAAGAGACAGUCAAGAAUGUGAAAUGCCUUCUUGCCCAGAGACCAUGAAGCUAUGGCCAACAUCAGUUCCUUUCAUCCAGGCUGACAAAGAAAUUCAGUGGAGAUAUGGAUCAUGGACUCCAUGUUCUGCGUCUUGUGGGAGGGGCAACCGUGCUCGCUAUGUGAGCUGUCGAGAUGGUCAUGGCAGAGUAGCAGAAGAAUCAUUUUGUGCACAUUUACCCCGACCGGAAGAACUUUCAAGCUGCUUUAGUCUGUGUGGAGUUUGGCAAGCUGGAAAUUGGUCACCUUGCCCAGUUACAUGUGAUAAUGGAAUAGUAACAAGACAAGUUGUCUGUGUCAACCACCAUCAACAAAUUGAUGAGAAUUACUGUGAUCCUGAAGGCCGUCCUGCAAAAGAACAAGAAUGUAACAUGCCACCCUGCCAACCAGUUUAUCGUCACAUUCCGGAUAUAAAUGAACAUCCAAGCCAUUUGGAUCAGGAUUUUCCUCCAAUACACAAGGUUCAUCAUUCACAGGACAAUGUAAACCCAAGAAACCAUCACUCUGCUAGAGGAAACCAGUGGCGAACAGGGCCAUGGGGAGCAUGCUCAAGUACUUGUGGUGCUGGAUUUCACCAUCGGGUUGUGGUUUGUCAAGAUGAGGAUGGAAGAAGUGCUACCUACUGUGAUGAGGCAAUGAAACCUCCAGACUCCAGCCAUUGUGAUUCUGGUCCCUGCCCAAGAUGGAACUAUGGGGCCUGGGGAGAAUGUACUCGGACAUGUGGCAAUGGAAUAAAGACAAGAUUAGUGAUUUGUCAGCUUCCCAAUGGCCAAGUGUUGAAUGACCAAAACUGUGAAAUGCUAGAAAAGCCACCUGAUACAGCACAGUGUAACAUACAUUCAUGCCCUGGUGACGUUUCAUGGCAUCGUGAACCAUGGAAAUCGUGCUCUGUGUCUUGUGGAAAGGGUUUUAAGUAUCGUGAGGUGUAUUGUGUUAACAGUUUGCAAAUUCAACUAGAGGGGGAUGUGUGCAAACAUUUAAAGAAGCCUCGAAGUCACAAAGAGUGCAGAGCUGCCAGAUGUCCUGAAUGGAAGGCCAACAGGUGGAAGGAGUGCUCUGUGACAUGUGGAGUAGGGAUUCAGCAACGUGAUGUUUACUGCAGGCUGCCAGGCAGUAGGCAAGUUAAUGAAGCAAUGUGUAAUCAACUUACCCAACCAGGCAGUGAGAGGCCCUGUUGGCUGCCUGCCUGCGUACAGUACCAGUGGUUGACUGAUGAAUGGCAAGAUUGUUCCUCCUCAUGUCGAAAAAAGGAAACACACCGGAAUGUUAAGUGUGUGAAUGAAAACAAGAUCCAAGUGAAUGAAAGAUUCUGUGAUUCUGCUACCAAGCCUCUAUCUACCAAAAAAUGCAAAAUGGCUCCUUGUAAAUAUAUCGUGAUUACAGCAGACCCUUCACAGUGUCCAGCUGGUUGUUACCUUGAUUACCAGCAGAAGAUCACAUACUGUGUUGGAAUCCAUGACGGCUGGAAUAACCAUGCCUACAACCUUCGAUCUCAAGCUUACCGAGAUUGCCCAGUGGGCUCAUCCCCACUGAAUAAUGAAUGCAAUGUGAGGGCUUGUCUACAUGUUGCCACCUGGAAGGUUGGGAAAUGGAGUAAGUGCUCAGUGCCUUGUGGAGCUGGAACAAGAGAAAGAAGAGUGGAAUGCAUGACAGAAAAUGGUUCGUCUAGUGACUUGUGUCUGUCACAUUUAAAACCUGAAUCUAGAAGGAUGUGCCAUGCAAAUGACUGUGAGACAAUAACCAGCUGCAAAGAAAUCCAGAUUAGGAAAAAGAUUAGAAAGGAUGGUGAAUACUUGCUUAACAUUAAAGGAAGAAUGAUAAAGAUUUAUUGUUCAGACAUGCGGCUAGAAAAUCCCAAAGAAUAUUUAACAUUGGCUAAAGGGGAAGCAGACAACUUUUCGGAAGUGUAUGGAUAUCGGCUGCGAAAUCCAUAUGAGUGCCCUUUUAAUGGAAGUAGGCGGCAAGAUUGUAUAUGCAGAAAUGAUUACCCUGCAGCGGGCUACACUAUUUUUAGAAAAAUAAGAAUUGAUCUCAGUUCUUUGGAAAUAAAAACUACCGACUUCCGUUUUGCCCACACCAUUCUUGGGAACCCUGUGCCUUUUGCCACAGCUGGAGACUGUUAUAGUGCUGCUAGAUGCCCACAGGGGCAGUUUGGCAUUAAUUUGGCAGGCACUGGACUGAGGCUAUCCACUACUGCAAAAUGGAUUGCUCAAGGAAAUUAUGUUACUGUUCAGAUACAUAAAUCUCAAGAUAAUACUAAAAUAUAUGGAAGAUGUGGAGGAUUCUGUGGUAAAUGUAUUCCUAAUAUAAACACUAGUGUCCAAUUUGAAAUACAAUGAGAAAAGAAAUCAAAGAAGAAAAAUCCUUAAGGAUCACAUUGUAGGUGCUGUUUAUUUUGACAAUCUAUUGAACUCUGUAAUGUUCAUUUUCUCAGAAUUCCUCCUCACUGUCAGUGCUGAUAUACGGGAUCUAAACCAUUGUUCUUAAGUUUGCUGAUAGGGAAACAAUAGCAUAGGCUGCAGUUAUUAGCUUUCUGGUUUCUAUCCAGUCAUUAAUUCAACAAAUUCAAUCAACUCACUGAAUUUUUACUGAAUUGAAUUGCCUCUGGCUAGCUUGACUCUACAGGUGGACCAGGUAACCACACAGGGCACCACAAUUCAAGGGCUGCCAGCUGUGCUGGAAGCAACACACCAGUCUGAACUCUUGAGCUGCUUCUGGCAUGAUCAGCUCCCCAUGCAAACCUCUGUGAGGCUGCCGCAGAAUCUGGGGCACACUCUAAGGUCACUUCACAUUUAAAAAAAUCAAAUGUUCACCUAGAUAUUUCACACGUACAUGUAAAUCUGUAUAGUGAAGGUGACUGACAUGUUUACAACACAAGUAGCAUAGAUAAAUUUUUCUGAGAAUCAGCAAGCUUCCCUGUCAUAUGUUAGGUAUCAAAUUCUGGCUGCUACUGUGGAAAGCCCUUCCAUUUGCCCAAGAGCAUCCUGGAGAAACCCUGAACUGGUUCUUGUAAAACUGUUUUUUAAAACAAAUAAGUUUGGAUCCUUAUACUGUAUGAAACAGAGUCCAUGACUGCUAGCUUGGUUUGAUCAAUUCCAAGAGAAAGCAAGAAAGGGAAAAGGAUGUUGACAUAUCAGUAUACAAUUUCAGUAACGGUCAACUUAAAAACAAACAACCCAACCAGGAAUUACAUUUGGUUCCCCAAAUCCACAUCAGACUGGUGCAUAAUCAAUAUACUUUUUGCUGAUACAGUUUUUAAAAUUGUGCUCCUGUAUAUUGUUUUUUUUUUUAAUCCUGUUUGUUGGUGCUCAAAUGGAAGCAGCAUCUCAGCUCAGCUUCGAUAAUCUCCUAGUACAUGCUUAAUAUCAGCUAACUUCUGUUGUGUUUCUAAAUAAAUCAAUCAACAUAGGUUUGGCACCUAAUGUUAGGGAUCCUACCUCUCAUCUAAACGUGUAUUUUUUUUUAACCCACUGAAUUGUGUUUGUUAGAAAAUAUAUUCAAUUGUAUAUCUACAAUUAUGUACUAAACCAUUGCCCAAACACUCAAAGCAUGGAUAUUGUCAACUGGAUUCUAGCAGAAAUCAUGUCAUGCUUCUGUUGCAUUCUUGAAGAAUAGUAUAAGUAGUGAUGCAGGAAAUGAAAACAAACCCAUUGGCCUCAAUGAGAUCUAGUUUAAGUCUGCCUAGAAGGUUUCCCUCUUGAUUUCAUUAGAGAGAGCCAAUCUAUGAUUAUGCAUGCCUUUAUGCAUGCAACAGGGCUCCCUUCAUGGAAUUAUGGGAAUUCUACCAUGAGUGGAAGCUACAUUUCCGUACCAAAACAUGAACAGAAUUCUGGUUGAAAUAUAUAUCUCAUUUUUAAGAGGAUCAGUUGUAAUUUGCAUUGUAAUGAUUAAUAUUGUUGCCACACAAAGAAGACUUCUCUUAUUUAAGAAGAAUUAUACUUGUUGGAUUUGUGAGUUAGGAUUAACCCAAACUCAGAAGAAUGGAAAUAUUCCACAGAAGUUUCUAAAAUGAUUUCAAAAUAUGUUCUCAGGUAUUUAGAAUGUAUAACAGAUAUAGUUCUUUCAUUGCAAUAUCUACUGUUCAAACCAAAUACCAGCUGAGAGUAAAAUCCUAAUUCUAUUCAAGUAAAUGGCAAACCUCCCAUUCGCAUUUAAUAGCUCUGCCUUUCAUCCUAAGUUAUUAAACCAAAAAUCAGUGAACUACCAGUAAAGUAUUGGUAGAAAAAAUGGCAGCUAUAUAUUAAUGUUACCACAAAGGUAUUUAAAUAAAGGCUAGUCAUGUCACAUGAUUUUGAGCAGUUGCCUUUUAGCUAACACUUAUAGAUAACUAUUUUGUGACCUCUGUAUCAGAAAAGUAUUUUUGCACUAUGUGCCUUAUAGUCAUUGUAAACAUGAGAACAGUAACAUGAUUUUCUUAGAAAUGUUUAUGUUUACGAUACAAAUGUUAUAAAUUAUAAAAUCUUAUGGAAUAAAUAUGACAUAUGAUGGUUG